AAAUUGCAAUGAUGGUUUUAACUUGCCAUCUCUGUCUUCUAAUUUUGUGCGAAUGCAGAACGGUAUUAUAUCCCCUAGAAAUAGAAAGGAAAAGCCUUCAAAACCUCCCAUUCAUCACUUUCUUCUCCAAAUUCCACGGUGACUCCACACAAAUGACACCCAAUUUGACCUUUCAGUCCUCCUUCAACGGCACCCUUUUCCCGGUUUUUUUGUUUCAUUUUUUUUAGGGAAUUUCUCUUAAAUUACAUUUUAAAUUACUUGAUGAUCGUUUUAGUUUCUAGGUUUUUGGUUAGCCUGGUGUUUGUUAACCCCAGCUGUUCCUAAAACCUCCUCCUCCUCCUCCUCCUCCUGCUUCUUCUUCUUACUUCCAGAUUUCAUGUGUAGAACAUGCAUGACAUUCUUUUGAUGCCUUUUUAAAAUUUUUUUUAAAAAAAAGACUUGCUAUAUAUCCUGUUACUGAAAGGAUCAAGGUUUUCUUUUUUUGAUUUUCGUUUUCUUGGGUUUAGCCUUUUGGGUUGGUCAUCUGUUUUGCAAGUUCCUACGGAUUGAAAAUUUUCGAUUCUGUAGGAACUUGCUUGCUUAUGCUUUUUUUUUUAUAUUUUUUUUUACCCUUCAUUCGAAUAAACCAUUGAAACUUUCGAGGGUUAGUCUUUAAAAGAGAAGAAGAAGAGGAAGAAGAAGAAGUGAGAUUAAGGAACGUAAGCCAAUCAAACUUUGAUAUAUUUCACUAUAAAUUUCUUGAAAAAUGAGUUGCUUUUCGUGCUUAUCUUCUCAUGACAAGAAAGCAGCUAAAAGGUCGAGUAGCAGCAAAAGGUCGAGGUCACAUUCGCCUAUAUCUCUUCCUCAUAAAAAGGAAACCAAUGCUGCUGGUCCGCCGCGGCCUACUGAGAAUCCUAAACCAAAGCCCCAAGCUGAACCACAAAACAAUGGGGAUGCAACCAAUAAUAACAACAGCAAAGAAGGUGUUAACAAUAUCGCAGCAGAGACAUUUACUUUCCGUGAACUAGCCACUGCUACAAAGAAUUUCCGACAAGAAUGUCUGAUUGGAGAAGGUGGGUUUGGAAGAGUUUAUAAGGGAAAACUUGAAAAGACCGACCAGGUAGUGGCUGUGAAGCAACUUGAUAGAAAUGGGUUGCAAGGAAACAGAGAAUUUCUGGUAGAGGUGUUGAUGUUGAGUCUCUUGCAUCAUCAGAAUCUUGUAAAUCUUAUUGGAUAUUGUGCUGAUGGAGACCAAAGACUUCUGGUAUACGAGUACAUGGCAUCAGGAUCUCUCGAAGACCAUCUAUUAGAUCUUCUACCAGAGCAAAAGCCAUUAGAUUGGUUCUCAAGAAUGAAAAUAGCAUUAGGUGCUGCUAAAGGAUUAGAGUAUUUGCAUGAUAAGGCCAAUCCCCCUGUGAUAUAUCGGGACCUGAAAUCAUCAAACAUUUUGCUGGACGAGGACCUCAAUGCGAAACUGUCGGAUUUCGGGCUAGCCAAGCUGGGACCUGUAGGGGAUAAAACCCAUGUUUCUUCAAGAGUAAUGGGAACAUACGGUUAUUGUGCGCCAGAGUACCAAAGAACUGGCCAAUUGACAGUUAAAUCAGAUGUAUACAGCUUUGGAGUUGUUUUACUGGAAUUGAUUACAGGAAGAAGAGCCAUUGACACAACCAAACCAACCGAGGAGCAAAAUCUAGUCACCUGGGCACAACCUGUGUUCAAGGACCCAAAUAGAUACCCAGAACUUGCUGAUCCACUUCUACGGGGAGAGUUCCCGGUUAGAGGCCUAAAUCAAGCAGUUGCAGUAGCGGCCAUGUGUCUACAAGAGGAAGCAGGAGUUCGGCCCUUGAUGAGCGAUGUAGUUACUGCUCUGAGUUUCCUUGGAGGAGGUCCAGAAGCAGGCAGUGUUACACAUGAUUCUUCCCCUUCUUCGCCAUCAGAACUAAACACAACGGGAGAUGAUGAAGACAGCACAUGAGAACGUGAAGAACCAGUGGCAGAAGCCAUGGAAUGGGGCUCAAACUCAAAGCAGUGUUGAAGUGCUUCUUCAUUUUAACUAAUUAUCCGUUGCAUAUACUGUAUGGAUGGAUGGAUAUGGCCUUUCCCUGGAGAGAUUCUUUAAUUCUGUAUAUUGUUCUGUAUAAACCCAUACGUAAGGAAGUUAUUGAUAUGGGAGGAGGAUGGAACAUGAGCUGAGAAGAAGAUGAAGAUGAAGAUGAAUUUCUGAGAAAAAGCAUAAGGUUUUAUAAGCACUCAUCAAAUGCUUCACGAAUGUUUCUAUAAGGGAUUAGUGCAAAAAGACUAAAGUUUUGGUUAGUUUCAAUAUUUCUGCUGUAAUUGUGACGCUUGAUCUAUCAGAUAGAUUUUACAGUAGGCUGUGCAUGUUCAAGUAUAUUUCCUUCUUCCUCUCAAUCAAGAUAUUCUCUCUCUC